UUCACUAAAGCAAAGUUUUGCUUCUGUCGGGAGCGGCGUUCAAGGAACUGCCUACUUAUCGCUCCAGCUUGGUGGGAGGAAAAAAUUGAUAGAAAAAGAAAGACAGAAGGCGAGGGGGUUGUGUGAGUUUAGCGGAUAGAGAGAGAGAGAGCGUGCAAGAGACAGACAGAGGGAGGGAGGGAAAGAGAGUGAGCAGCAAGAAAGAUACUGUGAAGCCGGGGGACCGUUAAUUUUAUCCAUACGGUCUUGAUCGUGCGAGAGUACGGGAGACGGUAACAAAUAGCUGCAACAUCAUCUCCGGUCCACCGCCUCAGUAGUUUACCGGGGUAAUAAAGGAGUGCGAGGGAGUAUAAUCCAUGCCUAAUUUCGACAUGGACCCGUAUGACGGAGAUGAAAACAAUUAUAUGCACCAGGAAGAUGACUGGGACCGAGAUAUGCUGUUGGACCCCGCGUGGGAGAAACAACAGAGAAAGACAUUUACUGCCUGGUGUAACUCCCACCUGAGGAAAGCAGGAACGCAGAUCGAGAACAUUGAGGAGGACUUCAGAGACGGCCUGAAGCUCAUGCUACUCCUGGAGGUCAUAUCAGGGGAGCGCUUGGCCAAACCUGAGCGAGGAAAGAUGAGAGUCCACAAGAUCUCCAACGUGAACAAAGCGCUCCACUACAUCACCAGCAAAGGGGUCAAGCUGGUGUCCAUCGGAGCUGAGGAGAUUGUGGACGGCAACGCUAAGAUGACCCUGGGAAUGAUCUGGACCAUAAUCCUUCGCUUUGCCAUACAGGACAUCUCUGUGGAAGAAACCUCUGCUAAAGAGGGUCUUCUUCUGUGGUGCCAGAGAAAGACGGCCCCCUACAAGAACGUCAACAUUCAGAACUUUCAUAUUAGCUGGAAAGAUGGCCUGGGAUUCUGUGCCCUCAUUCACAGACACCGUCCUGAGCUCAUUGACUACGGAAAGCUGCGCAAGGAUGACCCCAUGACAAACCUGAACACUGCCUUCGACGUGGCGGAGAAGUACCUGGACAUCCCUAAGAUGUUGGACGCUGAGGACAUCGUGGGCACGGCCCGUCCGGAUCAGAAGGCCAUCAUGACCUACGUCUCUAGCUUCUACCACGCCUUCUCUGGCGCCCAGAAGGCGGAGACAGCGGCCAAUCGGAUCUGCAAGGUUCUGGCUGUCAACCAGGAGAACGAGCAGCUCAUGGAGGACUACGAGAAGUUGGCUAGUGAUCUCCUGGAGUGGAUUCGUCGUACUAUUCCGUGGCUGGAGAACCGGGCCCCCGAGAACACCAUGCAGGCUAUGCAGCAGAAACUGGAGGACUUCCGGGACUACCGCCGUCAGCACAAGCCGCCCAAGGUCCAGGAGAAGUGCCAGUUGGAGAUCAACUUUAACACCCUGCAAACCAAGCUGAGGCUUAGCAACAGGCCUGCCUUCAUGCCAUCUGAGGGGAAGAUGGUGUCGGACGUCUCUAACGCGUGGGGUGGUCUGGAAGGGGCUGAGAAGGGCUACGAGGAGUGGCUCCUUAAUGAGAUACGUCGGCUGGAGAGACUUGAUCACCUGGCCGAGAAGUUCCGUCAGAAAGCAACGAUCCACGAAGCCUGGACUGAAGGUAAGGAGGAGAUGCUGCAGGCACGGGACUUCGAAACAGCCUCGCUGUCUGACAUUAAGGCCCUGCUGAAGAAACACGAGGCCUUCGAGAGCGACCUGGCCGCGCACCAGGACCGCGUGGAGCAGAUCGCCGCCAUUGCCCAGGAGUUAAAUGAGCUGGACUACUAUGACUCCCCCAGUGUGAACGCUCGCUGCCAACGAAUCUGCGACCAAUGGGAUGCCCUGGGUGGCCUGACACAGCAGCGCAGUGAAGCCCUGCAGAGGACCGAGAAGCUCCUGGAGACCAUUGACCAGUUGUACCUGGAGUUCGCCAAGCGUGCCGCUCCCUUCAACAACUGGAUGGAGGGGGCCAUGGAGGACCUACAGGACACCUUUAUAGUUCAUACCAUAGAGGAGAUACAGGGUCUCAGCACAGCUCACGAGCAGUUCAAGGCCACUCUCCCCGAAGCGGAUAAGGAACGCGGCGCCAUCCUGGGUAUCCACAACGAGAUCGCCAAGAUAGUGGCCACCUACCACGUGAACAUGGCUGGCACCAACCCCUACACCACCAUCAACCCUCAGGAGAUUAACGCCAAGUGGGACAAGGUGAGACAGUUGGUUCCCCAGAGGGACCAGGCCCUGAUCGAAGAGCACGCCCGCCAGCAGAACAAUGAACGUCUUCGCAGGCAGUUCGCAAACCAGGCCAAUGUCAUCGGGCCCUGGAUCCAAACCAAGAUGGAGGAGAUUGGUCGCAUCUCCAUUGAGAUGCACGGAACCCUGGAGGAUCAGCUGACCCACCUCCGCCAAUACGAGAAGAACAUUGUCAACUACAAGCCAAAGAUUGACCAAUUGGAGGGAGACCACCAGCUGAUCCAAGAAGCUCUGAUCUUUGACAACAAGCACACCAACUACACCAUGGAGCACAUCCGUGUGGGCUGGGAGCAGCUCCUCACCACCAUCGCCAGAACCAUCAAUGAGAUUGAGAACCAGAUUCUGACGCGAGAUGCCAAGGGCAUCAGCCAAGACCAGAUGAACGAGUUCAGGGCCUCCUUCAACCACUUUGACCGGGACCACUCGGGCACUCUGGGCGCGGAGGAGUUCAAGGCCUGCCUGAUCAGCCUGGGUUAUGACAUCGCCAAUGAUGCUCAGAAGAAAACAGGGAUGAUGGAAGCAGAAGACUUCAAAACCUGCCUUAUCUCCCUGGGUUACAACAUGGGUGAAGCUGAGUUCGCUCGCAUCAUGAGCAUCGUGGACCCCAACCGGGUGGGCGUGGUGACCUUCCAGGCCUUCAUAGACUUCAUGUCCCGGGAGACUGCCGACACCGACACGGCUGACCAAGUCAUGGCCUCCUUCAAGGUCCUGGCCGGGGACAAGAACUACAUCUUGGCCGAUGAGCUUCGCCGCGAACUGCCUCCAGACCAGGCGGAGUACUGCAUCGCCCGCAUGGCGCCCUACACUGGCCCAGACGCCGUUCACGGAGCCCUGGACUACAUCUUCUCCACUGCACUCUAUGGAGAGAGGUGACCUCUGAGUGACCUUUGGGCAACCUUUGACCCGCGACCUGCAGAGUCCACUCGCCAGCCUACAUGCUCUCACCACUGCCCCGCGAGACCCCCGAACCCAGUGAGCAGAAGACGUUGGAAAGACGUUAAGGAUGUGUUUACAGUAUAUUAAAAAAAUAUAUAUAUGUUUUUGCUCGAAAAGACGCUGAAAUGUCUUUUUGGCUGAAAAUACGUUGAGAAAGCUUUUUUGCUAGAAAAGAUGCAGACAAAACAUUGAAUACAUGUCUUUUUGGAAAACAUCUUAAGCUCACUGGGCCAUCACGGCAGCCAUGCUAUAGCCUGGGUCCUAGAUCUGUCUGUGCUGUCUUACCAACUCUUAGACACUUAUGGUUGUCAUGUCAAAAGUGCACAGAAAGCUCUGGGGAUUAGCCAAGCUAGCCCUGCGCUACACACUGGCCAAGCUAGCCCUGCGCUACAUUGUUAUCAGUCCCUGGCCAGGCUUGCCCUAUCAGAUUUGUCCUAUUUGUCCUGUGUUCCCAUCCCUCGUAGUGUUAAGUUUCCCCUAGACUCUGGUCUUGAAUCAGGUUAGCAUUUUUCGGUUGAAGUUGGUAUACACAGCGGGGAAACUGCCAGGUCCGUUUGUGAUAUUAUAACCACAACAACACGCCCCCCCCCCCCC